UUGUCAGAACACCGGCCCACCUGCAGCUGAUUACCUGACCAGCUGUUGAUAAUCAUCCCUCCCGGCUAGAAAGAGGAGGGGCGAGCGGAGAAGCGAGGUGGGGAGCACACACACUAAGGGAGUUACAACACGGAACGCACUGGGAGCAGGGACGAGCACGAUUGGAAAAUUGCACUUUUGAGUGAAUUGUUGGACUUGCCUGUCUGUUUCACUGUAAAUAAACGCACUGUGUUUCUGUGAAGAAGAACCGCGCCUGGGUCCCUCUUUUCCGUGACAUGUAGUGACCACUAUGCGUGAAAGAGUUAAAAAUGUGCUGGUCAACGAGAGUGAAAUGGACUGCUACUAUUGGUCAGAACUAGCACGUGAGAAUGUGAUAAAUGUUACCGUUUUAUAAAGAAGGAAAACACAUUCAGUCUUUUUUUAAAAAACACUGGACACGUGUCGAUUUCGAGGACUUUUACUCUGAAAGAAAGGAACAGGAAGACGCUAUUUUCACACGCACUAGAAUGGAACAGCUCAGCGAGAACUAACAUCAAAAGUAUUCUAGCAGUAAUUACAGGAUCACGAUGAGGAUAAUAUGUUUUUAUUUGUGUUUCUUCUUUUUUUAUUCCACGUCAUCUGCAGUGAAACACUCACUGCAGUAUCUGGUCACUGCAUCCUCUGGAGUCCCAAACAUCCCAGAGUUUAUGGGUGCUGUGGUGCUUGACAACAUCCAUAUGGUUUACUGUGACAGCAUUAACAAGAUAUUGGAACCAAGACAGAACUGGGUGAAGGAGAUGUUUGAAAACGACACUGAGCUGUUGGAGAUAUACACUCGAAAGUGUACUGUGAUUCUGCCCCAAAACUUGGGAAACCGUAUUUCUAGUCUGAAGGAGCAAUUCCAGAGUGAAGGUGUUCACAUUUUACAGAUGAGAGAAGGCUGUGAAUGGGAUGAAAAAACUGGAGAGGUGACUGGAUUUUUACAGUACGGUUACAACGGAGAAGACUUUGUUGAGUUUGAUCUGAAGACACUGACGUGGAUCGCACUGAAACCAGAAGCUGCCAUUACUAAACAGAGAUGGGAUGCUGACAGUGUUAGAACAAAACUCAAUGAAGACUUCCUCACUAACAUUUAUCCACAGUGGAUGAAGAUGUUUUUAUCCUAUGGGAAACGCUCCCUGCAGAGAACAGAUCGUUUCUGAAACCCAACUACGAGAGGAGUGACUGAGGAGGAGGUUUUUGAGCUUCUGUACAGAGAGUGUGGAGCACUUUUUCCCUGAUCCCCGUCUUCCCACGGACCCCGGUAACCUGAACCCCCUUUUCCCUGCACAUUGUACAUAGUCACCUGGUGUUGUGUUCACUGUGAAUAAACGCACAGUCUUUUGCUUAAAGGAAAACCCUGGCCUGCGCCUGAGUCCCUUUCAGAAUCCCUAUCAGAACGAUCCAGCCAGCAUGGACUCCAGGACAGGACCCCGUGGGCCAAGCUCUGGCCGCCCAGGAAGCUGUUCUUGCCCGCCACGAAUAAAUGCUUGUGCAGCUGCGGAAUGACAUCGCCCCAUUGAGCUAGGUGGUAGCGCAGUUAAUACCGCUGGACAGAAAUGCGCAACCCGGGAACCCUCAGCCGUCCAGCCCAGCUCCCCAGGCGGCACCACCUGCCGCAGCGUCAGGUAGCUCACCUCGGGUCAUCACGCCUUCUGACGGACCCCUACCUACGCCGGAACCUUUCUCGGGUGAGUCUGACAAAUGUGCUGGAUUCCUGGCUCAGGUUUCUCUAACCUUUCGCGAGCAGCAGCGUUUUCAUAACAAUGAUGGGGCAAAGAUCACUUACUUUGUUCAACUUCUGAGGGGCCAUGCGCUUAAGUGGGCCCAGGUUGUGUUAAACUCAGAUCCUGUCAUCACCUAUGCUGACUUUCUCUCCAAAUUUAAGAGUGUGUUUAACCAAGGCACUGGGGCUGAGGCCGCUGCGCUCCGUCUCCUCAACUUUAAACAAGGUAAGAAGAGCAUGUCCGAUUACGCAAUCGAUUUUUGGAUUCUGGCAGAAGAGGCGAGAUGGAGCCAAGAGGCGCUACGGAGCGCAUUAUUGAACAACAAGAGGAAUUAAGGGACGAACUAAUUAUGCGCGAUCUUCCUGCCUCCUUUAAUGAGCUAAUGUCCCUGUGCAUUAAGGUUGAUGAGCGGCUACGGGCUUGCUGGUCGCAGCGGAACUACAACUCCCACGAGGCUGCGUCUCAGUCUCAGGCACCGACGGCAUGGCUGAUGUCGGCCCCUCCGGAACGCAUGUGGGUGACGGAGAGGAACGCAUGCAGCUGGGCGGCUCCCAUCUCACCGCCGCGGAGCAUCAGCGCAGAAUUUCGGCCGGUGAGUGCCUCUAUUGUAGCCAUAAGGGACAUGUUGUUGCCACCUGCCCUUCCCGAGCAAAAGGGCGCGCCUGCCAGUGAUGGUAGGAGUACUGGUGGGUGAGCUAAGCCAAGAAGAAGCUCCUCCCCGUUUAACGCUACCAGCUAAACUUUCCAUUCGCUCUGAGAGUCGCUCCCUGUCUGUAUUAAUCGACUCUGGAGCAGAACAAAACUUUGACUGUCAAUUAGCCCAUCAACUCGGGCUGCAAUUGGAGCCCCUGCCUCACGCUCUGCGCCUUACAGCUUUGUCAGGCCAAUGCCUUCCGGACAUCACUUUGGUCACAGAGCCUGUAGAGCUCACCCUCUCUGGCAAUCAUUCUAAAGAGAUCUGUUUUUUGGUGUUUAAGGCUACUCGCACUCCACUAGUUCUCGGCCACCCCUGGUUACAACAGCACAACCCACACAUCAAUUGGCUACAGGGGUGCAUCACUGGGUGGGGGGAGGAAUGCCACAUGACCUGCCUGAAAGCUGGCUCACCUCCCAGCACAGAAACAUCCUCUCCCGGGGAACAGAAAUCCACUGAUUUAUCUAAUGUGCCCUCCGUCUAUCACGACCUAGCUGAGGUGCUUCAAAAAGCUCGCGCCCAGUCACUCCCCCCGCAUAGGCCCUAUGACUGUGCCAUUGACCUGCUCCCUGGAGCUCCUUUACCCACCAGUCGGCUCUAUAGCCUCUCACGUCUGGAGCGAGAAGCAAUGGAGAAGUACAUUAACGAAUUCGGGCCUCUACUUCUCCAGUCGCAGCUGGUUUUUGAUUUGUCGAGAAAAAAGAUAAAACCCUCCGGCCAUGCCUCGACUAUCGCGGACUGAACAAUAUCACGGUCAAAAACAAAUACCCACUGCCUCUUCUCACUUCUGCUUUUGAACUCCUCCAAGGACCUACUGUUUUCACCAAACUGGAUUUGAGAAAUGCGUAUAAUCUGGUCUGCAUCUGUGAAGGUGAUGAAUGGAAAACCGCCUUCAACACCCACCUCGGGCAUUUCGAGUACCUUGUCAUGGCCUUUGGCCUCACAAAUGCCCCUGUAGUGUUCCAAGCUUUGGUGAACAAUGUGCUGAGAGACUUUAUCAACCGGUUUGUUUUUGUCUAUCUAGACGACAUCCUGAUCUUUUCCUGAAACCAGCCCGAACACAAGAACCAUGUCAGACAGGUCCUGCAACGCCUCCUCGAAAACCGAUUGUUCAUCAAAAGGGAGAAGUGUGAAUUCCACAUCUCCACCGUUGCAUUCCUGGGGUACAUAAUCGACCGAGGGGAUCUCCGCCCGGACCCUGUGAAGGUAAAAGCCGUCGUUGAGUGGCCGGAACCACCAAAUCGGCGCCAACUGCAAUGUUUCCUUGGGUUUGCCAACUUCUACCGGCGGUUCAUUCGGGACUUCAGCCGAGUUGCCUUGCCGUUGACCCAGCUAACCUCUCCCAAGCUUCCUUUUCAGUGGAACUAAGAAGCUCAGUUAGCCUUCCAAGAGCUCAAGAAACGGUUUGCCACGGCCCCCAUCCUGAUCCAACCUGACCUCACGCAACCAUUUGUGGUUGAGGUUGACGCCUCUGACUCAGGGGUUGGAGCAGUCCUAUCACAACAGAAGGAAGGUAAGCUCCACCCUUGUGCCGCCUUCUCUCGCCGUCUGUCCCCUGCAGAAAGAAACUAUGAUGUCGGAGAUUGGGAACUGCUGGCGAUAAAACUGGCCUUGGAGGAGUGGCGGCACUGGUUGGAGGGCACGGCUCAGUCCUUCCUUGUUUGGACUGACUACAAGAACCUGGCAUAUACCUGCAAUCAGCUAAGAGGCUCAACGCCCGACAGGCUAGGUGGGCCCUGUUUUUCACCCGUUUCCACUUCACCAUCUCUUACAGACCUGGAUCCCGGAAUGUCAAACCUGACGCCCUGUCCCGUCAGUUCUCAGCCUCGGAGGAGUCCACUGAGGCCGCUUCCAUUCUCCCCGCCACCUGCGUCGUGGGCGCCAUCUCCUGGGAGAUCGAGGCGGCUGUUCGGGAGGCUCAGGCGUCGGAACCAGAUCCGGGAGGUGGACCAGCUCAACGGCUCUUCGUUCCUCAAUCGGUACGUUCUCAAGUACUACAUUGGGCCCACACAGCCCGCUUCUCUUGCCACCCUGGGGUCCACCGCACUAUCAACUUCCUCCGGCGCUACUUCUGGUGGCCCUCACUGACCAAAGACGCUCGAGAGUAUGUCUCCGCUUGCGCGACCUGCGCCCGGAAUAAACAGUCUCAUCAGCCACCCGCCGGACAGCUCAAUCCUCUGUCUACUCCCUCCAGGCCUUGGUCCCAUAUAGCUUUGGACUUUGUGACCGGGCUGCCACCGUCAGCAGGUAACACUGUCAUACUUACCAUCGUUGAUCGCUUUUCUAAAGCAGCCCACUUCAUAGCUCUGCCCAAGCUUCCCACGGCCAUGGAGACUGCACGGCUGCUCACCCUCUACAUGUUUCGUUUGUACGGGAUCCCGAAGGACAUCGUUUCUGACAGGGGUCCCCAGUUCACAUCUGGCAUCUGGAAGGAAUUCUGCACCUAAACAAUAAAAGCAAAGGUGAAUCAAAUAGACCAAUACGGCAAGGCUGGGAUGGUCCAUUUGAUAAAGUAAAUCCGUUGGGCAUCUUUCUUUGCCUUUAGACAACAAUUCUGAUGGAAAGAGAACCAAACGGGACAGGCAACAAAAAAAAAAAAAGGAAUUCUGCACCUCUUUGGGAGCAAAGGUCAGUCUAACCUCCGGUUAUCAUCCCCAGAGCAACGGUCAGUGUGAGCGAGCCAACCAAGAGCUUGAGGCAGCGCUAUGGUGCACGGCAUCCACCAACCAGUCCAUCUGGAGUGAUGAGCUGCCCUGGAUUGAGUAUGCCCAUAACAGUCAGACUUCCUCCGCCACCGGUCGAUCCCCCUUCGAGGUCUCUUUGGGUUUCCAGCCACCUCUCUUCCCCUCUGUUGAAGGUGAGCAUUCUGUACCAUCUGUUCAGGCCCAUCUGCGCAGGUGCCGAUGAGCUUGGCGGGCCGCAAGGGCAGCGCUGCUGCGCACAAAGGACCAUAACAAACAGAUCGCAGAUCGCCACCACAUGCCAGCUCCAGCAUACACCAUGGGACAAAAGGUAUGGCUGUCCACAUGCUUUGUUCCUCUCAGGACCGAAUCCAAAAAACUCAAUCCGAACUUCAUUGGUCCGUUUGAGAUUUUGGCGCUGGUUAACCCUGUCUCUGUGGAACUCAAGCUGCCACGCAACAUGAGGAUUCACAGUGUGUUCCAUGUCUCCCACAUUAAACCUGUCCGGAGUAGCCCCCUGUGCCCUCCUUCCAGGCCCCCUCCUCCCGCCCGGCUCGUGGAUGGCUUGCCAGCCUAUUCCAUUACGCGGAUUAUGGACUCUCGCGGCCGCGGGCGUGGCUUCCAGUACCUGGUGGACUGGGAAGGUCUAUGGUAUUGAGGAACGCUCCUGGGUUCCGCGGGCCGCCAUCCUGGACAAGCGUAUGCUGCAGGCCUUCCACUGGUCUCAUCCUGGUAAGCCUGGUGGGUCACCGGGAAGCUCCCGUUGAGGGGGGGGUACUGUCAUGGUCCCUGUUCCUCGCUUUUCCCUGAUCAGUCUUCCCACGGACCCCGGCAACCUGGACCCCCUUUUCCCUGCACAUUGUACAUAGUCACCUGGUGUUGUGUUCACUGUCAAUAAACGCACAGUCUUUCGCUUAAAGGAAAACCCUGGCCUGCGCCUGAGUCCUGUAGAAAUGUUUAGCUUAUUUUAGAGUUUAGACAUGUAGGAAUGUUUAGUUUGCUUUAGAGUUUAGA